AUGAUAAAACCAUGGAGCUUUGAAGUGACUGAUAAAAACUACUUGUCAACCUUGAGUGGAACGAGUCUAUCGAGCAUAUAUUUUGACAUGUUUAAGGUUGGACUGGAUGCGAGCGAUAAAGAGAAGGUCUUACUCGAUCUGAUCAACUCCCAUAAACAACUUAGCGCAUCAGCGCAUGGUAAUGUCGCCGGUGCAGAAACAUCAGAUGGACAUCGAGCUCAAGUUAAAAAAUUCGGUGACAAAGGUGGCAUUGCACUAGUCAACGGACAUAAAGCACAAUUGAAAACGAAAGAAACUGACGAUGGUCGGCAUGCUUAUCUGAAAGCGGAUAAUGAAUACGAGCUGGAUGCGGUUGCGAAGGGUUCUCUGAAAGAUGCAAAAAAUUCUGAGUUCGAAGCGACCAAUGAACGCUUC